AUGGCUCAUGCUACUCACCUACUUCCUUUAUUCAUACUGAUACAACUAUACUCGCUAGCCACAUUUUCUCAUGGCCAUGGCCAUGGUAAUACAGCAGCUUCUUCUUUCUGUCAUCCAGACCAGGCUGCGGCACUUCUCCAGUUAAAGCAGUCAUUCAUCUUCGACUACUCCACCACUAUACUGCCAUCAUGGCAGACUGGCACCGGCACGGAUUGUUGCCUCUGGGAGGGUGUCGGCUGUGAUGAUGGCGGCCAUGUCAGUGUUCUCGACCUCAGUGCUCGUGGCCUCUACAGCAAUGGAUGCCAUCCUGCAAUCUUCAACCUCACCUCCCUGCGAUACCUCGACCUUAGCAUGAAUGACUUUGGUGGAACUCGCAUUCCGGCAGCUGGCUUCGAGAGGCUAUCCAGGCUCACCCAUCUCAACCUUUCUCACUCAGGCUUCUAUGGUCAGAUUCCGGUCGCCAUCGGGAAGCUCACAAGCCUCAUAUCAUUGGACCUAUCUACAAGACAUGGUGUUGAUAUUUCCUAUACAACCACGAGUUACUAUACUCUCUUGGGUGGGUAUGACUACCUGCUGCUACAAGAGCCCAGCUUUGAGAUCUUAGUGGCAAACCUCACCAAUAUGAGGGAACUCUACCUUGAUGGAGUGGACAUAACUGCUAGCGCAGAAGAGUGGUGCGUUGUUCUAGGUAAAGCUGUCCCCCAUCUUGAGGUUCUUAGCAUGGUACGUUGCGGUCUUCGUGGUUCAAUUCACUCCUCCAUGUCAAGUCUUCGAUCCCUUACAGUAAUCAACCUCGAGGGUAAUGAUAUUUCUGGUGUGGUUCCUGAAUUCUUCUCAGACUUUCUCAAUUUAAGUGUUCUUCAGCUGAAGUAUAACAGUUUCAGUGGCUGGUUUCCUCUGACAAUCUUUCAACUCAAGAAUAUAAGAGUGCUUGAUGUGUCUCGCAACCGUCAACUCACAGGACAUUUACCAGAAUUUCCAAAUGGGUCUUCUUUCGAGACUUUGAACCUACUGUCUACUAAUUUCUCUGGUAUGAAGAUGACCUCAUUUAGCAACAUCUUAUAUCUGAGGGAGAUAGGUUUUGAUGCAAGGUCAAUUUUUGUGGAGCCUGCAGAUUUAAUGUUCAAAAAGCUCAACUCUUUGCAACACUUGCAGCUCUCUUUUGCACAAUUUUCAGGGGAAUUAAGGCCAUUUUUCUUGUGGAUUAGUAGCCUUAAGAACUUGACAAGCUUAGGGCUCUCAUUCUCCUAUUUCUCUUCAUUCAAGAUAAUGCCAAACAUGAUUGGCAACCUCACCAACUUGUCAACUUUGGAAAUAACUUUUGGCUUCACUGGGCAAAUACCACCAUCAAUUGGCAACCUCAACAAGUUAACUUCCUUGACAAUCUCUGAUUGUGGCUUCUCUGGGGCAAUACCAUCUUCGAUCGGCAAUCUCACUAAACUAAGAAGCUUGGACAUCCGUUGGAGUGGUCUAUCAGGUCAAAUAGCAACAGAUAUUGGACAUCUCAGCCAGAUCAUUUUAUUAACCUUGACGGGCUGCAGGUUUUCUGGAAAAAUACCAAUUGCAGUUGCCAAUUUGACUCAGUUGAUAUAUGUGGAUCUGUCGAAGAAUGACUUUAGAGGAGAGAUUCCAACAUCUCUAUUCGCUUCUCCAGCAAUGUUGUCGUUGGAUCUUGCAUCAAACCAACUUUCUGGACCGAUAAAAGAAUUUGGGGGACUAAAAGAUCUAGUGUCACUGGAUCUUAGCUCAAACAACUUAACAAGUUUAGUACAUCUGAGUUCCCUUUGGAAAUUAAGAAAGCUUGUUCACUUGGUUCUAUCAAACAACAGGUUGUCUGUUUUGGAUGGAGAAGGCAGUAAACCCAUGGUACCAUUACUUCCUAAACUAGUGAUACUAGGGCUUGCGUCUUGCAACAUGACAAGAAUUCCUAGAUUGUUGAUGCAUGUAAAUCAUAUCAAAAUGUUAGACCUUUCGAGCAACAAUAUACAUGGGACUAUACCCAAAUGGAUAUGGCAAAGAUGGGAUGACAGUCUUACAAGUUUAAAUCUUUCACACAACAUAUUUACAUAUAUGCAACUCACUUCAUAUGUUCUCCCAUACAAUCAUUUGGUAUCUCUUGAUCUAAGUUCCAAUAGGCUUCAAGGCCAGAUACCAAUGCCAAACCUGUUGACAACAACUAACUUUUACCCUCAAUUCUUGGAUUAUUCAAAUAACAGAUUCUCUUCUGUUAUGUCUAACUUCACCGCUUAUCUUCGCCGAACUGGCUAUCUCAAAUUGUCACGAAAUGACAUAAGUGGGCAUAUACCCCAUUCAGUUUGUGACUUAAGCAACCUUGAAGUCCUUGACCUUUCAUAUAACAACUUCAGUGGCAUAAUACCAUCUUGUCUGGUAAAAGAGAGCAAUUUGUGUGUAUUAAAUUUGAGGGAAAAUCACCUAGAGGGAACAUUGCCUUACCAUGUUAGUAAGCACUGUAAUCUGAAGACAAUAGAUUUACAUGGCAAUAAAAUUCAAGGGCAACUGCCUAGGUCUCUUUCCAACUGCGCUGCGUUGGAGGUUCUAGACAUUGGAAACAAUCAUAUGGUUGAUACUUUCCCAUCUUGGUUGGGUAGGCUCUCUGAUCUUCGUAUCAUCGUUCUGGGAUCCAACCUGUUCUAUGGCUCGCUUACUUAUCCUACCAGAGAUAGAAAAUCCAGGGAAUACUUCCCAAAGUUACAAAUAAUUGAUAUAGCUUCAAAUAAUUUCUCUGGCAAUUUGGAUCCACAAUGGUUUGAGAGGUUCGCAUCUAUGAUGGCAAAAUUCAAUGACACGGGACAUAUCUUAAGGCAUCGGACAUAUUACAGAGACUACCAUAAUACUGUUGCAAUCACAUACAAAGGGCAAUAUGCGACUUUUGAAGAAGUCUUCACUACCUUAACCGCAAUUGACUUCUCAAAUAAUGCAUUGGAGGGUGACAUUCCCGAAUCAGUUGGAAGUCUAGUUUCACUACAUAUAUUGAACAUGUCACAUAAUGCAUUUACAGGAAGAAUUCCACCACAAAUUGGUGAGAUGCGUCAAUUGGAAUCACUAGACCUAUCAUGGAACAGGCUUUCUGGGAACAUUCCACAAGAGCUAACAAAUUUAACAUUUCUUGGCACCCUAAACUUGUGUGGAAAUAGGCUGGAUGGAAGGAUACCACAGUCACGUCAAUUUGCAACAUUUGAGAACACUUCAUAUGAAGGGAAUGCAGGGCUGUGUGGACCACCUUUGUCCAAACCAUGUGGCAAUUCAAGUAACCCAAAUGAGGCACAAGUAAGCAUAUCCAAAGAUCAUGUUGACAUUAUUUUGUUUCUCUUUGUUGGAGUGGGCUUUGGCGUUGGAUUCACAGCAGGUAUUCUGCUGAAAUGGGGUAAAAUCGGCAAAUGGUUCCGAAUUGUGUGA